GCAUUAUGUCAGACUUCACAGAUGAAAGUCUCUUCCCUAUUGCUAUUUUGAUCGACGAGCUGCGUAACGAUGAUGUUCAAACCAGACUGGCCAGUGUAAAAAAGCUUACAACUAUUUCUCUUGCAUUGGGUCCUGAGAGAACGCGAUCUGAGCUGAUUCCUUUUCUUACCGAUAUUAUUUACGACGAAGAUGAAGUCCUAAGGGAAAUGGCACAGCAGCUGGCAGAAUUUGUGCCGUUGGUCGGGGGUCCUGAAUACGUACACUGCCUCCUGCUUCCACUGGAAGGGUUGGCUUCUGCCGAGGAAACGGUCGUCCGGGAAAAGGCGAUCGACACUUUACGUGCUUUGGCACCAAGUUUCUCUCCUAAGGAUCUGGGAGCGCACUUUCUCCCCCUUGUAAGACGACUGGCAACGGGAGAAUGGUUCACUAGCCGUACGUCAGCCUGCGGACUCUUCAGUGUUAUAUACCGCCAUUCUCCAUCUGCCGUACGUGCCGAUCUUCGCCAGAUUUUUCGACAGCUUUGCAUGGAUGACACACCUAUGGUUAGACGCGCUGCUGCUAGCAGGCUUGGAGAGUUUGCGCGAUGUCUCGAGGCUGAUGCUCUGCGUGCAGAUAUUCUCCCUUUGCUCCCCCAACUUGCCCAACAUGAUGACCAAGAUUCCGUUCGCCUUCUUUGUGUGAAUGCUUCGGUCGAGUUUGCGGAAGUCUUACCGCCAGAGGACAUCUUAUCGCGUGUUAUUCCUGUCGUUCGUGGAGCUGCUGAGGACAAAUCUUGGAGAGUGCGGUAUCAGCUAGCUGACCACAUCACCGAUCUCCAAGAUGCUGUCAAACCGCAAAUCACUGCGCAGCAUCUGGUAGACGUUUACCAACUUCUUCUCAAGGAUCCCGAAGGGGAGGUUCGUGCAGCAGCCGCAGGAAAAUUGAAGAAGUUCGCCACUUCACUUUCUCCUGAUAUAUGUGAAUCAGUCAUUAUGAACAAUCUACUACCUAUCAUACGUGAGAUGGUUGGGGAAACCAAUUUGCAAGUAAAAACUGCACUUGCUGGGGUUAUGAUGGCCUUGGCUCCUUUGCUGGGUAAAGAAAAUACACUGGAACACUUGCUUCCUCUCUUCCUUUUACAGUUGAAAGACGAAAACCCUGAUGUUCGCCUCAACAUAAUAUCCAAUCUGGAGUGUGUUAAUCAAAUAAUGGGCGUCACUCAACUCAGCCAGAGUCUACUUCCGGCCAUCGUGGAAUUAGCUGGAGACGCGAAAUGGCGCGUUCGCCUGGCGAUUAUUGAGUACAUGCCACUGCUAGCCGGCCAACUGGGUUUACAGUGCUUCGACGAUCGCCUAACAAGUUUAUGCCUCGGGUGGUUAGUUGACGACGUAUUCGCUGUGCGUGAAGCCGCGGUGACUAACCUCAGGAAACUUAUGGAUUUAUUCGGCAUUGAAUGGGCGUCUACACAAGUCAUACCUCGACUUGUUCAACUCGCCGGCGAUUCGAACUAUCUCCGGCGAAUGAUUUGUCUGGCGUCAUUACAAGAGCUUGGUGGGGCAGAUUCUUGUCGCCCCGAACUGCUCCAGAAGCACCUAUUACCGACUAUCAUUCAGCUUAGUCACGAUCCGGUGCCGAAUGUGCGCUUCAAAGUAUGCCAGAUUUUGGGAAAAUUGGGACCUCUACUAGAUGUGAAUUCUAUCCAAACCAUCGUUAAGCCUUCCUUAGAUAUGUUGGGUGCAGACGGAGAUCCGGAUGUCGUUUAUUUUGCGAAAGAAUCAACGGAUUUGCUGCAACUUGCAUCCAAGUGAUAGGAUUGUCAUGUGGCACUUUAAUCCAUUUUGCCACCGCGUACGAAAGUGCUCAGCCUUGUUUUCCACAUGUCAUGGCUUCUACCAUGGGUGAUUCCAAUUCUUGGAUCGUAGCUACUUUCCCUUACUACGUGUCAUGCGUAGUGUUCUUUGCGCGUGCUAGAUCAAAUGUCCCGUGCGGCCUGAUCUACUUACCUUAAUUUUUCUUGACAUUUUUCUCACGUUUGUUUCUCCGGUUUUCUUUUUACCUUGCCAAAUCUUUCGCACUUCCGACUCCGCUUCAUUGCACUGGCUGUAACUCCGAUUUCAGGUAAUGCUCCAUCGUGAAGUGGAGUCCCCACGUCUCUGCAGGCUCUUUUUUCUUACCUGUAUAGCUGAAGUAGCAACACUUAUCAAACUCGGUUCUUUUUUCCCGUCUGUCCUCUUUUUUUACAUGACGCUCUCGUCUGAUUCCUUUUUAGCGCCUAUCCUGGCGUCCAAUUCCAAAUUUACAGGCACCUGUUUUUUUUCUUGUGGCUCAAGUCUUAAAUGUAUUAUCCUUUCCUUCC